AUGGCGGACCUAGACCAACCAGUGCAAUUACCCGUGCAAACGAUCACAGACACAAAUGUACAUGAUCUGGUGGAAGUGAAGAAAAUUGCCAAUAACACCGUGUUUGUGCGUAAGAACCGAGCUCUUCUGAUUUAUCAGCUCUCCAACAAAGAUUAUACAGAAGUGUUCCAUGAAGAUGAUUUUUUUUCCUUAACCACCCCUAAUGCCAACUACCCUUGGCAUGUGUAUGAACCAUCUUCACUCAUAGUUCGCAGUUCGAAAGGAGUCGAAGUAUACCAAUGGAAUAAACCCGACCUAAAACUCCAGUACACGGUAUCCAAGUAUCAUGAUCACUCGGGUUAUGGAUCGUCCAGGAAUACGUUCCUGAUUGGGCAGAUAUUUCCAUCCCAACAUCAUAUUGGAAUAAUUUCGCGUCUUAACUCGGACGUGCAAUUUCGUUCACUGGAUUUGAGCAAAGCGAAGACUACCGUAAGAUUAUUGAAAAAGCCCCCGUCUUUGGAUAGUGAAUGGAAGUCUUCCACUAGCACCAUACAGCUGAUAGAACAAUUGGAUAACAAUAAGCAGCUUGCAAUUGCACUGCGCACCGAAUCAAAGCUAAUGCUGUUCCGUUUUAAUAACCAACAUAAUCUGGAAAAGUUAACGACCAUAGAUGAAUUUCCAUCCAAAGACACGGACUAUGACAGGAUAAUGUUUGCCAAAUUUGGUACAACCAGCUAUAACGAUCUACUGCACUUUUCUACCGAAGGCCUUAUGAUAUAUCGCUUCAAUGAUACCGCAAAAGUUUUUCAAAAGAUUUUCUAUUCGUCGGCAUUUUCAAAGCUACGCGGCUGGGAUGGACGUAGUAUAGACACUGUUACACCAUUAAACUUCGACGGAGACGACCAAGACGAGCUGGUCUAUAGUGGACCGAAAGGUUUGAGUCUAUUGCAAGUUAACGCCACUACCAAUCCAUACGAACUGAACGAAGUUGCGCUAGAAACAGCAGCCAAUCAAAUUGUGCGUUAUUCGUUUCUUAAAUUGGCUCAAAAACAUAAUUCUACCAACGUUCUGCAGCUUUUCUUACACACAUCAAAUGGUUUGAUCCAUGUAAAUAUACAACCCUCGAUCGAAGGCGUUGAAACGAAGCCCAUUGUUCCAGCAAACCCCGUAAUAUCAACCGAACAAAAGGAACUCAUUCCGAUUCCCGAAAUUAUUCCCAACCGUUACCACGCUGGAUGGCUGCACGAUCAGCUCGAUAUGGGUUCCAUGCUGCACCCAAUCAAUGCUUACAAUGGAGCCGUCGAGUUGAUGAUCCCAAUAAUAGACAUUCCUGCACCGUUCGGUAUUCCGAUUCGAAAAAUUAUUAAGUAUAAAAACGUAGAGUACAACAACGAGCUCGGGCUUGGUUGGUCCUUCCCUCUCGACUACAUUGUGCUAGAUCGUCAGUCAAGCGCAUUCGAGCAGGAUCAUGUGUACUCGCUCGUAAAAGAAAAUCAGCGAAUUAUUAUGAUGCUUCAACCCACCAAGGACAAUGGUCCAAAAUCGGAAGAAAAGCAUUUCACCAUUGAUGGUUAUCCAGAUAUCGGCAUUGUUUUCAACACUAAGCGGAGCUAUUGGAAGCUGUCGAUGGACAAUCGCAUCAUGACAUACAUAGCCCUACACCAGUUUCAGACAGUGAAAGCGUGCCCACUGUGGCCACUGUGCGGUAGUGCAUCGCGACAAACGCAAACCUUCACAUCGCAAUGGUACCUGAACCAGGAGGACAAUACCGACACUGGGCUGAGGAUCCUGUACUUUUAUGAUCUGAUCAAAAACAAAACCGACAUACGCCUAACAUCCAUCAAUUUUUCCGACGACUCGAUGAUAGACCUAAGCUACAGCGAGGAUCGGCUUGCAGAUAUCACGGUGGCAACUCACCAGUUCAUACAGCAUUUUACCUUUCACUACAGCAAGGAUGUCAAGCCGUUGCUGCAGACAAUUCAACAAAGCGAUCACAAGCUUUUCGAUUUUGAGUACGAUCAGCACCAACGGCUGUCGAAAAUUAUCUACCCAAACGGUGCCGAAUGGAAGCCGGAAUAUGCCCAAGUAACGCUUAAUCCCACAUCGCUUAAGAAAACUAUGGAAAUUACUGGAUCGGAAGCUAACGUUUACUAUGGGCCAGACUAUGCUGUUGUUGUGGACGCAAAUCUCAUCGACGGUAGACUUUUGCUGCACAUUCGCGAUCCGCUCGGAGGCAUAAGCUCGAACAAAACCGACAGCACCGAAACGGUGUACACUUUAAACGACAUCAAACGGUAUCUGGUCCAUGCGAUUGAAAACCUGAUCGUGGUGAUAGUUAUCUACGAUAAGUGCAAGGAUGUCGCGAUCCUGCAAUAUACUAGCGACCGUUGGCGACAGCAGAAAUACUACGACGAAUUUCCACUCGACGGAACCAUUACUACCGGUAGUGCAUUUGUUCUGCUUUCGGACAAGACGUCGUUACGAUUGAUAACGACUACUACCGAUCAUCAGCUCAGUGAAGUUGAACUGCGCCCCAAUUUACCGGCAAACUUUGUCGUCAAAGCAUUUGCACACGGGUAUGCAACGUACGAUGGGCGGCUCGAGAUAUUUUUGCUGCAACAAAAUGGAGAAUGGGUAACCGUGAAAGCAGCACCAGAAAAGGUGAACUAUUUCAACGAGAUCGAUAAGUUUAUUUCCUCCUUUGAGAUCAACUCUGAGCUCAGGCAAUCGAUUCAGCGCGGUCUCACGGCGGACAUGCUGGGAAGCUACCGGCAAGCCAUUAUAUUAAAGGCACCCUUUCUGCAGAAGGACGUGCUAAACAUUCACGUCCGCUUUUUCAUGCUCAGUCUUGAGAAUAAACCACACGUAUUUGAUUGCUACACUACGGUAAUUCCGCACACCGUCUUAACGCAAUACAAUUACACGGUGAAUACGGAUGAAAAGGAUUCGUUCGUGCUCGGCUACCGGUUGGUGAAGAAGAAAUAUCAUUUAUAUGUGAAAAAAUCUACCGGCCCACAUGCGGUAGAGCUGAACAAAUACAUGAAAGCGGCGAGGCAGGAAAUGUCCAAACAUCGUAAAGGAAGCGCCAUGUGGAAUAAAAUCAAUACCGAGGCGAAAAAUACGACGCGCGAAGAAAGUCAGCGCAUUUACAAGGCAGUGAAGGAUGCGGUCGUGUUUGCCCUCGAUCUAUCGCAGUUUGGAAUGCUCACCAACCAGGAGGGCGUGCUUACAGGUAACCAUCAGAUCACUUACGAUGGGUUUCACUGGAACAAGCGGUUGCUGGACGAAGAUACGAUACGGCUGCGUAAGGUAAAUCAAAAUUUGAGCGCUGACUAUCGGCUCGUGAAGGCACAUGACAAGGACACCUUCAAGAUCGUGUCGAUUGCAACUGGAGAGACGCUGUUCGAUACCAAUACCACUAAAUCGGAAGAACUACAGCUCACCGUACCCUACUACGCCCAGUCCCAGCCACAAGGCAGUCCAUUGAGACUGUACUUCUUUGCCAGUAAGCAGAUCGUUACCUUCCCCGACGAGGAAAGGCUUAACCGUGCGAGCAAUCAAAUCGCGAUCGUCACGACGCACCAAGCAAAUGCCACUGCACAGUUUUUGGUAUUCCGAUGCAUGAAGUACUUUCUCAAUCCGAAUGUAACGGUGCUGGGAGGUCAAACUUUGGCAUACAUUGACGAAACAGAUCGCAAAACGGCGUACCUCUAUGAUCCGCAGGAUGUACAGCUGUCCGUGGAUGGGAUCGUGUUUCGCAAAAUCAAAAUAGCCACCGGUGCCGAUACGAGCCGAUUCGGUUGGUACGAGCAGACGAUAGACAUCGCAACGGGGAACACGGUUCGGAAAGCGAUUGCAGCGGAUGGCCGAGAAGUGCUGGAUCGGAAGUUACGCGAUCAGGAGGAAAAACGACGCCAAUCGGAAAAGCAAGACACAUCGGCACAAAGUGAGAGAAUGAUUAUCGAUGCUAGCGGACGGCAUCCCAUCGUUGACUUGGGUCCAUACCGGUUGGUGGAUGAGAUGGUAUCAUACUACGGCUUUGAGCCAUACGAGAGAAACCACUUCGGUAAGGAGAAGAAAUGGACGUUUGACAAAACACUGAUCAAAUCGCAGAAUGGUAACAGCUUUCUAACACUUAGCCAACCAGAACACAAACUGGCGGGCGUAUUUACACCACAGGAGCCGCUUAUGAACUAUGUGAUUUCAUGCUGGGUACGCACUUCCAAAGCACUCAAGCUCGGUGAUACUGUUGACAUUGUGGCUGUAGACGUUUUAGUUGAGAAGGGAGAAGAGAAAAAAAUAUCCCUUCGCAAGGCGGAAGUGAAACAACGCAUCGGAUCGUGGAACUAUGUGGAAACGAUAGUCGAUACAACACAUUUUCCAACCGAAACAAAGCUCGUGUUUGAUAUCAGUUUCAUCCCAAGCACCACCCACGGACGCAUCGAUAUUGACCAUAUACGAUUUUCACCACUUAGCAUGCCGUUCGCGGCUAACAUCUACGAACCUGCCAGAGGAAGUGUAAGCGCACUGCUCAGCAGCAGCGGAUUGAUGAAACGCUACCUUUAUAACUGCAACGGCAAAAGAACAACCGUCUUCUCCGAGCAGGGUAUGGUGGAAGAAUUCAUAACGGAGUCAAAGGCUGUGUACACUCGUGAGUCUGGUCGGAGACCGUGUGUCAUUGAAAUGAAGCCUCGCAAAUCUGCAUGGGCCAUGGAGAGCGGUUGGGAUAAUAAAAUCCACUCUAAUGGAAGCGUGUUUAAAACAUUUGAUGAAACAUGGGCUACACUAGCAGUGCGAUUUCUUUACAGUUUGAAACCGAACGACAAUGGCAUGCGAUUCGUUUGGCGAGGAAAAGAAUGUUACUUACCGUGUCCGGUACAAUCAGUGACAAACUGUCGACAACUGCCACGACGUGGAGAAAUUCUUAUCUUUAUUACGUCCCUACGCGUUUCCGUCUGGCUCGAAGGAGUUGUAGUGCAAGAGACGCUGCUAGAAGAUGUCAAAUCAGAUGCAGAACGGAAACUGACAUUACAUCUUUCACGAACCGCGGAAAUAACAGAAUUCUUUGAAAUGUACGACUCAACAUUAAAAGUAACUUACCAGCAACUUUCUGGACAACCGGUUCAGGUGUUAGAGUACGAGUCACCAGACACGGUGCGGGUUCGCGAGAUCCUCUACGACGAUAUCGAACGUCCUAUCCUGCAAACGAAAUGGACAAAAGUUCACCCUGAGAACGAUGCCAAAAUGUUUGAAUUUCAUGAAAAUUUUAUCCUCAAUUUCGAUAACGCAACACAGCUGCUGACUGGCAAGGUGGCAGAGCUAAAUCCGUCCUGUGAAGGGUAUCCCUACACGCACACUAUCUACGGCAAUGAUCCUACGGAAAACAAACGCUUGCAGGGCCUGCCCGGGAAAGACUACACCGUUGAUGGGAAAUAUAAGCGAUCUUACUCCUACGAGCCGCACAAUUUGCUGUUAAGUAACCUGUUCCCACCAAGGGAAGGCUUUCAUCAUAAGGCCGUGCAACUACCCGGCGGUGCCGUGCGUGUGACCAUUGAAAACGCUAAGGGCAAAAAAGUGGCCAAAUACUCCAAGGUGGGUAGUUACGAGAAUAGACUGAGUACUUGGCGAUACGGGAGCAAUGAUAAGCUACAGCAAGAGCUGCCACCGAUUUAUCACUACAGGGCGCAUACAUCGACCAUGGAAAAUGUUCCAUUUUUCGUGGCCAAUUACACUUCCGAACAGAUGCAACUGCAGCAGCAGUGGGAAGUUCGCUACAAUUAUGAUAAUGCGAAUCGAUUAAUCAGAAAGCGUACACCGGAUGGCGGUAUCUGGCAAUAUCUUUACGAUAAACAGGGUAUCCUUCGCUUUAGCCUUCAUAAAGAACAUAACGAAACGCUCGAUCGCGUUAUACAUUUUACGUACGUUUCCGAUGAUAAAGUGGCGCGCGAAGCACUAGUCCAUCUCAACGAAACCGAAUGUAUUGAACUGGUAGACAGUGGAGUUGCGCCCAAUUCUACAAACUUUAUCGAUACACUGUAUGGAGAGUACGAUGACGAUCCAAACUUGCGCUACCGUUCGGCAUUUGCCACCAGACGUAUUGGUGGGGAUCAAAUGACCGAGUACCUAGUGUACGAUCAAAGUAAAAGAGUGCUGAAGAAAGUUUACGUAAUAAACACUCUCAACACGUCGUACUCGAUUGACUACGAGUACGAAAACGAUAAUCUACGAUCUAUCAAGUAUCCUUUCGGUGCUGGAGGAGAGCCGUUCAGAUUGAUCUACGACUGGAAUGGUAAUGGUGAUGUUAUAUCUAUUCGAGAAUCGACAAUGACAGAACCUAUGUUUGAGUUCUCCUAUAAUGCAGAUGGCAUGGUGGAAACAAUGAACGUACGAACGGAUCCCACGCAUAUAUUCCAGAGAAACUUUACCUACAACGAACCAGGCUUUUUGAUAAAGCUGGCAGACAACUAUCUGACGGAAAGUGUAAGCUACCUGGAAACAGACUCCUACGGCCAAGACUCUUACACACCGAUCUAUGAAGGUUUAAUAUCGAAGACGUUCUUCACCGCCCACUGGCAAAAGGCGACCAGCCCACUUCGUAAUGGUAUCUAUACGGAGUAUCUAAUGUCAGACAACAUGAACCGAGCACAGGCGUCACUGUGUCUUGAGGUGCUAAAGCGUACAGGCUAUAUUGACGAAAACAAUCUGGUGAAUCGGACGUUGUACGGUGACAUGAAUGACGAUCUACCGUUUGUGUGUGGAAAACGACUCGCUCUGAAUCAUCUGUCGAAGGUAUUGAGCACCAGAUCCUUCCCCUAUCAGUACGGUCAUCGGUAUGACUAUGACGAUCAUGAUCAGCUUAUUAAGGCGAAGUAUUUCCACGGAUUGGAAGAGUUGAAGCUUGCACCAUUGACGCAUCACACAUUCCACAAAGAGAUAAAAGGAAUUGAUGAAGCGAAAUCGAAAAACAUUUGGGAUGCGCUACGGGAAAAAUCCUUCCUAACCACCGACUGCACCAAUCCCAGUCUUUGCCAUGGACGUGAAGGUACCAAAUCGAUAUUCAGUGACUUUAUCCAUCAACAUCGAUAUAGCCAUCACUUGAAAUUGAUGCUAUCGAAGGCCAUCUCAGCACGGAAGGGAUUGGAUGUAAAAACGUUUGAAGAAAAGUGUACACGAUGGAUUGAAGGAUCGAACAUGAUUUUGAAAGCUUGUACGAACCUCAAGGAAGAAAUGAUGAAACAAAAGUUGUUCAGUGAAAGCGCAGAUGCGCCUGUAGCAUCUUUGAGUGAAGGGUUUAGAAAAGCUUUACAGAUAUACAACUCACACGUGCCAGACAUUGUUGGGGUGCUUAAUAAUCACUUCAUGACUGCUCUGGGAAGAUCGGCUGGGGAUGUGCAAUCGUACGAAAUCGAUGCAAAUGGAAAUCAUCGAAAGUUUUACACGGGCUUCUCUCGGUAUCGUUUGGAGUACCAGGAGGGCACAAAUAAAAUCACCAAGCUAUAUCGUCAGCAGUUCGACCGCUCUCAAGAUGAUGGAGAGGAAUUCACCAUGGCCCAUGAUAGUGAUGGUGCUGUAAUCCAGGCAGAACACAAGGGCAUAAAGCACAUGGCAUAUGACAAGCUUCUGCAGCGGGUUAGUGAAAUUGAGAUGACCGAUGGACGGAAGAUAUUGUACCAGUAUGAUGUGCGCGCAGAGCGGACAUUCAAGCAGGUUCGAGCAAAGGAUGAAACGGUCUUAAGUGAAAAGUACUACAUUCGAGAUGCGAAUGGAUUCGUACUAAUGGACAUAGACAUGGCUUACCUGACGAAUGAUCAUCCGCCGGACGUGCGAGUGACGAGCUACAUCUACAAGGAUCAGCAGCUGAUUGGGUUUGUGCGCAACGAUAAGCUGUACGGGGUCAUCACAGAUCACGAAGGAUCUGUACGCUUGGUGGUGAGAGAGGGCGAAGUAGUCGCCGCAUAUGAUUAUCUUCCAUAUGGCCAGAUAUUCCGACGUUUUGGGACCGAUUUGGACGGACAAAUCUCGUAUCUUUACACGGGUCAGGAGUGGGAACCGGAGACCGGGUUGUACAACUAUCGAGCUCGUUUGUAUGAUCCCGACAUUGGGAGGUUCUAUCAAAUGGAUCCAAAAGAACAGUACCCAAGCCCUUACGUUUAUGCCGGAAACUCGCCUGUUUCGUUGAUCGAUCCAGAUGGAGAGCUUGCAUUUGCUAUCAGCUGUAUUAUAAUGGCCAUAAUCGGUGCUUACAUUGGUGCUUCGGCAGCGGCUCAAUCUUGGAAUCCGUUGGAAUGGAACUGGAAGUCGAAAUCACUUUGGUUAGGAAUGAUUGGUGGUGCAUUAACUGGGCUUUCGAUUCCUUUCAAUUUGACUGCAUCGAUAGCGUAUUUCGUCGGGAUGGGACUAUCGCUUUCUGCCUCGAUCGGUGUUAUGAUCGGGUCAGGUAUUACGUUCGGUUACUUCGCUUUGGCUGCGAGCAGCGGCUCCUGGGAUCCACGAAAUUUCGAUUUUUCCAGCCCCGGCACUUGGAACGCACUGCUGGGUGGUAUUGCAACGUCAGCAUUCAUCGUGACGAACCCAAAUCAACUGAUUAAUACUUUCCGGUCCAUCACAACCACUCUCGGCAGAGCACUCUUUGUUACCGCAACCGUAGCAAUAACCAUUACCUUCGCUUACCUGUUUGGGGCUCUCAAGAUGGGCGGAGAGUUCGAUAUGACUAAGUGGGACUAUUCCGAUCCAAGAUUAUAUCACGGUAUACUGGACGCAUACGUUACCGCCUCGUUCACCAUGAUAAUGGUCCGCAAUAUACCAAACACUAUUAAAAGCUUAGGCAGAAAGAUAGAAACCGGACUGGAUCGGUUGGCGGAAACGGAGGUGUUCUUCCGAGCAAAGCAACUCAUGAGAGGUGGUGACUGGUCGACAAAGCUCUCCAACGCGCGCUUCUUCAUGGCAGCCAAUGCGAAAGCGAUUGGCGACCUGCAACGCGGCAUAAUUCCGAUUGCUUUUUACACCUUCAUUGUGACGUUGCGCAUGGUAGACGCGUACGAGAAGAGCAGCAUUCCCGGGUUUUCGGUAUUUUUACAAAUUCUCAGCACAGCAGUAAUGACCAGAGGUUUCACGAAUCGCGUAGUCAAACCGCUCAUACCGAAAAGAAUUGACGCACCGUUGGCACAGAAGUUGAUAGCGCCAGAGACGUAUGAAAACUCCUCCGGGCGGUAUAGUUCUUCGGGGGCCAAUAGUUUGGGAAGCUUCCUAAGCUAUCUUCGCAUUCCCUUCGAUUGGUUCUUAAACUAUCACGAAAACACACCAGAAGGUGAGCAAGUUCACGACAACACCAUACAACGCUACAAAUCCCACUACAAGCGAACGUCAAAGCACAGCAUGAUCGAAAACUGUUAUCCUGUGACGCACGGCGAACUGAACUACGUCAACUGCUACUCUGAUCAGGGUUUGGUAACAAUUUUCCCCAAAGUAGAAGCGAUACUUCAAUCGCAUGAUGAGUAUCGGAACUGUUUACCACUGACCUAUGAUGGCGUUCGAGGAAUUUCGUGUGAUGGUGAACAAUCUACGCUUUUAGCGGUGCAGCUAGAACCUCCCAGAUUGUUCGAAUACGUUGACAGUUGGCUUCUGCUGGCACAUGUCGCUCCGGCCGCAGUCCGUGAAGUAAAGCGUAUCGUUCAAAAUUUCUUUGGAUGGGGUAGCAGUUCAUCCCGUACUACGAAAGAUCUUCCAGAAAUUCGUAAAUACUUACAAAAACGUUUGGAAAAUGGCUUAUCUGAUUUGCAGCUUCUCCAAAGCCAAGCUGUAGCUAACAGAAGUGAUAUGGAUUGGUUCGGAUACAUGCUAGAGGACCUUCGCGAGGAUGUGCAGGAAUACGUAAAGCAUGGACACGGCAACGGCAACAUACUAAUGGAACGUUUGAAGGCUUUGCAUACCGAUGCUCUGGAAGAGAUCGAGCUGCACGAAGGAAACCUGGCAUUGGACAAUCUUUUCCAACGCGAGAACUUGCUGGGAGCAAACCCAACGGUUGCAGAAUCCGGCAUAGGACAAGUACAGCAGAACAUUGCUGCAAGCUUCUGUGCGAGCUCCGCUAUUCGAUGUCUUUCUACAUAAUUUGCUGAAAUUGAAUCAUACGUAAUGAGUGAAUCAUAUGUAAUAAUAAUAGAUUAAAACUUACACAUUUGACUAUAUGCUAAUAAAAGUGAAUACGUACCAAAUCACUAUCGUUCAGCUUCUCGUACUGCUUCAGUAGCGUAAACUGCUUUAGUUUUAUUUAUGUAUGACAGUAUCAUUAUCAUUAAUAUUUUAUUACUCAUGCUCUUCGUUUUAAGUUUAGUGUUUCAUCACAUCGUCCUACGGUACACGAUCAGUUGAGGUGCGAAGUUGAAUCACCCAGUCACACGCAAACACUCCCACGUACACAAACACACCCACACAUACACCUACACACACACACACAAUUAUAGAUGCACGUGCAUGCAAAUUACUCUUGCGGAAACUGUACCGUCCUUUUUUUCCAGCCGGCCGUUUUUCCACACGCUCAUUAUUUUUGAAAUGUGUGUUUGCUUUCUGCCCUGUUAGCCUUGCAUGGCGCUGCUUGCAGGUAAAUUAUAAUUUUCAUUCUCUUGCUGCACGGAAUUGUGAUACAUGAAAAUCUAUGUUUUCUAAUUGAUAAUUUACACUGCCACAAAAACCAAACAGAUGUACAGCGGAGAGUGAAAUCGGCAAUCCACAAUGUCUCAUCUUCUCAGCUCCUAUCCAUCGCAAAAACUCUACCUAAUACUCAUCACCCUCACAGGCCAAUUUCUUAAACGCGUUCCAUUUCUGUUACGAUUUCGAUACGUCUAACCUAGUAUUUGGAAAGGAAAGGAAAGUUAGAGAUAAGUGUUGUGUGCUGUGGACAAACUCUACUAACACUACGGUACGCUCACCGGUAUGGUCUGGUGCUAUUUUUGUUUUCUUCUUCUUUUUGUAUCUUUACAGCUCUAACCACACCACUGGUGCAAGAAUUCUUCCCCACCGGCCCAGACUUUCGUCCGGUCGCCGUGUGCCACCGUGCGAUAAGCGCGUUGUGUGGGCUGGAGGGAGGCACUACACUAAACUAAUGCAGCUGUGCCACUGUUCAUUAUUAGUGCCGCAAAUUAUUACUAAGCAAAAGAACCUGCUCGCGAUACGAUUAAACAAUAAGAUUGGAAUUUGUAAUAAACAAAAUACAGAAUGUUUUCUUUUGUUUG